AUGGAAGCAUGUUGCUCGUUUAAGUCUGUCGUCGGUAGUUCUUGCGGUUUCGAUGCCAAGGAUCGAAAACGUCAGACCCAAAUUAUUCCUUUACUGUCAUGUUCAAAGAAUAUCUCGAGGCAUUUGUUCUCUCAUAGCUUUUCGGGGGUUAAGGAUGAGAUUGAUCUCAUUUUGUCUCGGGUGGCGUGGUUUGACAAGCCCAGAGAAAGCAUCGAGUCAAUGACAAUUUGUCCCCAUCACCGUGCAGUCCUAGGCAUAAGUUGGACAAGAGGCGGUAGUACUAGGUGUAGAGUUCCGCAGGCGAUUUCAGGACAUGGCAAAUCCAGAGACACGUGGCCAAAAGGCGACCGAGGUAUUUGGAAGCAGGAGUCGAAAAUGAUAUUGUGUAAUACAGGAGUGUUUGUCGCCGCUGGAUCAGGUAAUUGUGUUUAUCUUUGAGCCAGGAUUGUUGGUCAGGGCGGGCUGCAAAAACCUAGGUGGGGCCAAUGUUCACUUAUUUUUAUAGAAUUAAUUUUCUCUUCGGGGCGGGGGGCACAAUUUUACCAGAGAGGGGGUGCGACCCCCGCCCUGGCUAUACCUCUGUUUCUCGAUAAGGUGUUUCUUUCAUUGUAGAGCGGGAGAAGAAGUGUGUAUAUACGUGUAUCCGUUAAUAUUUCAGCUAUUUGCAAAAAGUGCCGGGGAGUAUUGAAGGACUUGGGAAAUGGGACAUCAGAGUCAGUGGUACAAGAAUUGGGAGAAGAAAUGGAAAAGCUAGUAUUGGUAAAAAUAUGAUAGUGGGCGUAAUAGCAAAUCAAGCUGUCGCUAGCAAUUUAUGUAAAAUUCUGUUCUUAAUUCUACGACGUCAGUCUUAUUGUGAUUUAAAUUUAACAGGACGAAGAAGUUACCUGUACAGCAGCUGAAAAGAGUCCAGAAUUGCACUACGCGCAAAAUGUUACCGCAUUUGACACCCCAUACACAGCUUAUACGCCAUCUGAUUUCUCGCUUCUAACAGAAACCGACCCAAAACAAAUUCCGAGAGACCUUCUUAAUUCGUUUCUUGCUGCAAGGGACGUCAGCCCUAUAAGAGCACAACUGACCGUGCCUUGGGAAGAAGCUUCGCAGAGAACCAAGCGACGCCAUGUCCGUAAAGCGAAACAAGUUGUCUUCGCAGUUUUAGAGGAAAUUGCCCCAGCAAGCUCGAAAAUGUUGCUUCAAUCUGUACAAUCAACCGCAGAAGACGACGGGAGUGUUGAUAAGACACUAAUGGAAUCCCUUGUCGAGUGUUACAAUAAUGCAAGUCAUUGGAGCACAAGAAGGCAGAUCUUAUCAAUCAUGGCCGACAAAGUGUCCUUCUCAAUCCUGAAAAAUUGGAUUCCUGGACUCACUAAUUACAGGUUCAAUGUGGCUCGUCAUCACACAUUGCUACAUGGGAGGGGUUCUCCAGUUGCCAUUGGAAAGGCCACACGUGUCCACAUCUCAGCUGAGAAACUUGACCAUUUUCUAACGUUUAUAACCAGCAGUCAAAUCAUUCAAGAUUUGCCAUUUGGAGAAAAGACUGUGAAGCUAUCUAGUGGUACGAAAAUUACAGUUCCCAAUGUUGUUCGCACCCUUGUACCUGAACAGGUGGUGCAGCAAUACCAGAGCUAUUGCCAGGACACUGGAUUUGACCCUAUGAGUCGCAGUAGUCUAUGCAGAAUUUUGAAUGUAUGCAGUGCUUCUAUAAGGAAAUCAUUACAAGGACUGGACUACUUUACUGCAGAUGGUGCAAAAGCCUUCGAUGACGUUCAAGAAGUAAUUGAGAAGCUAGGCCAUGAAUAUGGGCGAGGUCACACUUGGGUGAAGAACAUGAAUAGAAAAUUGAAAACUGCCAAACGUUAUUUGAAAAGUGACUACAAGGUAUGUGAAAUAAUCGGUUAUCUUCUUCUUUUCUGAAAAUUCAAAAUUUCUAACUGCGAAUUUUUUUUUAUUUUUCAGGUACAUGUUUCGACCAGCUCGCGUGUGGCUGACCACUGCAGGCCAUUUGCUCUGAGCGAUGCAAGUGAUGGAGACUUCGUCACUGAAUGUGAUCAUGAACAUGACCUAAAAUGUGACAGGUGUGAGUUGAUCCCUUUUAUUUUCGAAGAAGUUGAAUCAAGUUUGAAAGAUUUAUUAGCCAUCGACAAUGAAGAGAGGAACGAAAUGGAAUAUUUAAUUACUCAAUCCAAGAAGAAUAUAAUGGCCUGGAAAGCUCACCUAUUACGUGACAUCAACCAAGAUGAAGCUCGGCUGAACCUCCUUCGUGAUCUCGACUCGGCCUCAGUUCUAGUUGUUUUAGAUUGGGCAAUGAAAUUUUUGCCAAGAAAAUACCGUGAAAGCCAAUCCGAUUGGUUUGGAAAGCGUGGUAUUUCAUGGCACAUUGCCGUGGCUAUGACCAAGCGAAAGGAUUGUUUGGAGUUGUUGACGUUUGUCCAUGCUUUCCAAAGCUGCACCCAAGACAGCCCUACAGUACUAGCGAUAAUCGAUGUUGUUGUUAACCAACUUAAGUCUGAGAGGCCUGAAAUCAAGCAGAUUUUCUUUCGUCAGGACAACGCUGGGUGCUACCAUAGUGCAUUAAACUUACUGGCCAUGAAACAGGUUGCAACAAAAUACGAGGUAGAAUUAAGAGUCGAUUUUUCGGACCCUCAAGGUGGUAAAGGGGCUUGUAACCGAAAAGCUGCCACUAUCAAAAACAAAAUAAAAGCGUACCUUAACUCUGGCAACGACGUGGAAACCGCCAAGCAAAUGAAGAUGGCUAUAGAAUCACGAAGUGGCAUCGAAGGUGUAAGAGUCAUGCUCUGUGACACCCCUUCCGUACCUACGUUAGAGCCAUUAAAAUGGGAAGGUGUAAGUUUUGUUAACAACAUUUCAUAUUGCGAGAAUGGCAUGAAAGUGUGGCGAGAAUACAAUAUUGGCCAGGGAAAGUUUCGAGAAUGGAGUGAAUUCAAUCUGCCUGAAACAAUUUCCAUUCCACACAUUAACAUCAAUGAAGGUCCGACUUCUCCCAAAGCUACGUUCACGGAUGUGAAAGCAAGAAAGAUACCCCCAGCGAAACCUUCGCACAGUGCAAAUCAACCUGAAGUAGAUGGCAGCUCCAAUUCAGAUGUUGAAGAAGAAACUUCUCAAGGGUCUCAGUUAUUUCCGUGUCCAGAAAACGGUUGCGUUAAGUCGUUCCAACGAUUUUCAAACCUUGAAAACCACCUUGAUUUCGGAAAGCAUAAGUAUGCACUGGAACGCGAAACAUUUCUUGAUAAAGCAAUGCUAUCAUACGCGACCAAACUUGACAAAAGAGAUAUAUCGCUUGGGUGUCAGACGUCGGACGACCUAAGUUCUUGCCGCGCCCUAGAUCCUCUGCCAAAAGGUUGGGCGCUGAAGUUUUCAACAGUACUGAGAAAGAGAUUUAGUGAGAAUCAAAAGCUUUACCUAUGUAAGUUAUUCGAUGUUGGGGAACAAACCGGCCACAAGGUAGAUGCUAACAACGUUUCUAAAUCGAUGAGAAAAGCACGCAAGGUCGAUGGCUCCUUUUUGUUUGAUGCAAGCGAGUACCUCACAGCAAAGCAAAUCGCAAGUUUUUUCUCUCGCCUUGCAAGAAAGAGGAGAGCGGUUCAAGUUGGCGAAUCAAGGCUAGAGGGAGAGGAAGAGGAAUUAGAAGCGCAACUAGAAGAGGAAGGCAUUGAAAACCUUGCCACAAAUAUCAUCAACGAAGUAGGUCUAAUUCAUCCCAUCAUGUUUGAUACCUACGAUCUUUGUGAUUUAGCAACAGGCUCGAAGUUCUCAAAAUUCUCGAUAUCGAUGUUGCAAGAAAUAUGCACAUUUUAUGACUUAGACACUUCCUUUAUUAAGGCAAAGAGGAAGAAGCCUUAUAUCGAAAUACUAACAAAUUUUAUUGGUAACUGCACCUGCCAAGGGUAAAGCAGCAAAACCUGCCAUGCCUCUCAGAAUUAGGUAACAUCUGUACCAGCGUUUACUUUUACAGUAAGUAAACAUGCAGUAAUGAAGGAAGAAAUUAACUAUAUACUGUUUGCAAAUUUAAAAGUACUUUGUUUUACAGAUAUUUCACAUUUAGCUCCAU